CGGGAAUGGAUGUGCAGAAAACGUAAACAAAACAAUGGCGAUGAAGUGAUGGGAGAAAGUGUGUUCCACUAUAGGUUUGCUACUGUUUAGUCCAUCCCUGAUCCGCGGCCGGACCGCAAUCGACCGAUUCUGGGCUCAGAAAUGGGUAUAACCGGCCUGUUACCGUUCCUGGAAAAAGCUAGCAGUGCGUGCCAUUUGCGUGAGCUGCGGGGCAAGUGUGUGGCGAUAGACACCUACUGCUGGUUGCACCGGGGAGCAUUUGCCUGUGCGGAACGAUUGGCCCGCGGCGAGCCCACCGAUAUUCACAUCCUGUAUUGCCUGAAAUAUGUGCAGCUGCUGCUAUCGUACAACAUCAAACCAAUACUGGUGUUCGAUGGGCAACAUUUGCCUGCCAAAGCUGCGACCGAGGCGAAGAGACGCGAAAGCAGAGACACGGCCCGUAAACGGGGUGCCGAACUGCUGCGCUUGGGUCGUGUAGAUGAGGCGCGCAGUUUUCUGCGGCGAUGUGUGGACAUUACACACGAAAUGGCAUUGCAGCUGAUUCAGGAAUGCCGCAAACGAGGCGUCGACUGCAUUGUGGCACCGUACGAAGCUGACGCACAGCUGGCGUACCUGAAUCGGGCCGAUAUCGCACAGUACGUCAUAACGGAGGAUUCGGAUUUGGUGCUGUUCGGCUGCAACCGAAUUCUGUUCAAGCUGGACCUGACCGGACACGGGCGACUGGUGGAAGCUAGCAAGCUGCACCUGGCGAUGGGCUGCCGGGAGGAUCGGUACAGGUUCGAAAAGUUUCGCUACAUGUGCAUCCUUUCCGGAUGUGACUACUUAGAUUCAUUGCCUGGGAUUGGGCUGGCCAAGGCGUGCAAGUUUGUGCUGAAAACGGAAGAUCCCGACAUCAGACGAGCGUUGGCGAAAAUACCGGCCUACCUUAACAAGCGCCAGCUGGUCGUGUCGGAGGAGUAUAAGGAUGAGUUUCUGAAAGCGGACGCCACCUUCCGCCAUAUGGUGGUGUACGAUCCCGUUCGACGGAAGCAAACGAGACUGGCCGAUCCGGACGAAGAAACCACUCCCGAGCGGUACUGCUGCAAUGCGGGCCAAUUCCUCGACGAAGCGGUCGCAUUCGAGCUGGCGAUUGGUAAUUUGGAUCCGUUUUCACUGCGCAAGCUGGACGACUGGCAUCCGGACGCAGCAGUGGAGGAUGAAGAAAUGUCUGCAAAUGCGAGCAAAAUGCGUCAUCUUAGCAUCUGGCGGAAAGAUUACACAGCGCAGAAGGCAGAAGCAGCGAGCGAGACGGGCGCGAACAUUCAGAAACCAUCGUCACUGACACCGUUCAUGAAGCGAUCGGUGCUCAAACAGGAAGAAGCGGAAGUGGAGCUGGAAUGUAAGGAAACGAUCGCCGAUGUGUUGCAGGGGUAUGGAAUCCAAUCCGACGAACCCUCCUCGAAGCGGUUGUGUCAUCAAAGGUCGGUUGUAUCGAAGGUAUCGUUGGAGUACAAAGACAUCGAAGCGCUGGAUGUGAUGGGACAGCUGGAUCAACCGGCAACACCGAAACGGAAGCGCAAUCCUUUCGCCAUCUCGCCGGCCAAGCGUGCGCUUGGCAAAGGGAACGAUUCGCCCGAGGUAUUACUGUCGCCGACCAAGAUAACGGCAGCAAACCGAUCGCUUCUGCACAAUAUAAGUCCGGUGAAGCGAAUCGAUUACUCACAAAAACGCAGCCCGUCCGACUGUGUGCCUUCCGGAAGCCGAUUUGGUCGAUUGAAGUCUGUGAGCGGCAAGGGAGCGCUUGGCGAUGAACCCAAGGUGAUAAGCCGGUUUUUCUGCUCACAAACCACGGUAAAGCUUCAAAGUACGGUGGAACGCAGCACCACAGCUGUUGCGAAUGGAGCGAUGUGCAGUCCCAAGAAAGGUGGUGGCACAUCGGCUACCAUGCUCGUGUCUCCCACUGCUAUAGUAAAGGAGAUUAGAAGUAAGCGAGAAGAACAAACGCUUCGAGCGACUGCGAUCUAUCUCAGCUCACCCGAAGCACGGUUGCAGAUUCGCGGUGAUCGUACGCCGGAGAAACGUGCGGCACGUGUAUCACCCGACUUAGACUCGGAAGGGGCCAUCGGUCCGCUGGACAGUGGUAUAGCAAUGACGGAAGAAGACAGCCGGACCGGAUCGAGCUCUUCGCAAAAGGAAAACGACGAUGUCGCGCUAGAUGUGACUGAGAAGAGCAGUUCAAGCAGCAACCGAUCUCCACGUGCCGUGCGGUUAGCAUUGUUUGAACGACAGGUUAAGAAACCGUUGGCCCAAUCGUCGGAUGCAACGGAAGAGCUUGCGAUUGUGCUGGACGAUAGUAGUAACGAUGCCGGCACCAUGGCCAAGCAACCAAUAGACGAUGAGCUCAAGACUGAAGCACGCAUUUCAACCCUGCCACCACGUACAGUUAAGACAGCAGCAGAAGCGCACACUAAAGCUAAGCCACGUGCGUCAUGUAAACGGCCCGGAUUGCCGGUCAACAGGAAGCCUACUGCCAAGACGGAUAAUGGUGCAGCGGGCUUGACGCAAAGUCGACUAUCCAUGUUCGGGUUUCAGAAGAAGCCUUCAAUGCAACUGAACAAUCGGUAGUCGAAGCCGGGGCGUGCCAUGUGUAACGGAUGUCGAUCGUUCUGAUGCGGGAUGCUGCACAACGGGCAUUUGUUAAUGACUUCCCAACAGGAGUUUUUGUAUAAGUUUAAGUUAAGUAAGUUUUUUGUGCUCUUGUUUUUUGUCAUGUUUCACAGUUAUACAAAUAUCAACGCCCAGUUUAUGGUUUAUUAA